CGACAUGUGAGUGAUGGACACACACACACACACCUCCAGUUUAAAGCAGUGAACAAACCAACAGCUACUGGACACAGAGGUGAUUGCUAGAAGACGGUGGAGCUCAAGCAGUUCUGCAUGAUGCCAGGAUGGCGCCUCUGCUGCCCCCUGUUGGUUCGGAGGUCUUAAAACACUUCACGCCAUCCUCGCUGGAGGAAAUUCAGCGAAGACACGAAGUUGAGCAGAAGGAGCAACAGGGGAGGAAGGAGAAGAACAUAGAGAUAGCGGAGGAAGAUCUUCCUAAACCAGCCAGUGACCUAGAGGCCGGGAAACCCCUCCCAUUCAUCUACGGAGACCCGCCCCCUGGGCUUCUCAACACCCCACUGGAGGAGCUGGAUCCCUUCUACCAAUCACAGAAGACGUUCAUCGUGCUCGGUAAAGGAAACGUCAUUUACAGGUUUAAUGCUGAGUCGGCGUGUUACCUGCUGAGUCCGUUCAACCCGCUGAGGACCAUCGCCAUCAACAUCCUCAUUCACUCGUUAUUCAGUUUGUUCAUCAUGGUAACGAUUCUGGCCAACUGUGCGUUCAUGACUCUGAGUGAUCCUCCAGCGUGGAGCAAAACUGUGGAAUACGUGUUUACGUUCAUCUACACGUUUGAAGCAACGAUCAAAGUUGUGUCCAGAGGAUUUUGUGUUGGUGGGUUCACCUUCCUGAAAGACCCCUGGAACUGGUUGGACUUCAUGGUCAUCAGCAUGGCAUACCUGACAGAGUUUGUAGAUUUGGGAAAUCUUUCUGUGUUGAGAACAUUCAGGGUUCUUCGAGCUCUGAAGACCAUCACAGUCAUCCCUGGUCUGAAGACGAUUGUCGGAGCUCUCAUCCAAUCAGUGAAAAAGCUGGCUGAUGUCAUGAUUCUGACGGUGUUCUGUCUCAGCGUCUUCGCUCUGAUUGGUCUGCAGCUCUUCAUGGGAAACCUGCGUCAGAAAUGUGUUCUGAUACCACCGCUGUUGCUCGGCAACAACACAUCUAACACGUCCGACCUCGGUACUGGUUACCAUGGCAAUGACACCCAAAGCAACAAUACAGCAAGCAGCGGCUUUGAUUACUCCAAGUACAUCAGCAACCCAGAGAACUACUACUACCAGCCAGGUCAGCUUGAUGCUCUGCUGUGUGGAAACAGCUCUGAUGCCGGGGUCUGUCCUGAGGGUUACGUCUGUCUGAAGGCGGGGAGAAACCCAAACUACGGAUACACAAGCUAUGACUCGUUUGGUUGGGCAUUCCUGUCUCUGUUCAGACUGAUGACUCAGGACUUCUGGGAGAACCUGUUCCAGCUGACACUGCGAGCCGCCGGUAAAACCUACAUGAUCUUCUUCGUGGUCAUCAUCUUCCUCGGCUCCUUCUACCUCAUUAACCUCAUUCUCGCCGUGGUCGCCAUGGCGUACGCUGAGCAGAAUGAGGCCACGAUGGCCGAGGCCAAACAGAAGGAGGAGGAGUACGCUCAGAUCCUGGAGAUGCUGAAGAUGAGAGAGGAGGAGCAGGCGGCCUGCAGGGAACAAGGUACGGCACCACAGAAGAAGAAUUCAUCUGCAGAAAUAAAUGGCCACGAGCAAGAACACACUGCCAUUGAAGACUUUGCAGACGACCAGAGACCGUGUCCUCCGUGUUGGUAUGUCUUUGCCGAUAUCUUCCUGAAGUGGAACUGUUGUGGCUGCUGGCAGUGGAUUAAACGGUACCUCUACCUCAUCGUCAUGGACCCGUUCGUUGACCUGGGAAUCACCAUCUGUAUCGUCCUCAACACCGUCUUCAUGGCCAUGGAGCAUUACCCGAUGACUGAGGAGUUUGAGGAGCUUCUGAGCAUCGGAAAUCUGGUCUUCACAGGGAUCUUCACAGCUGAGAUGGUCCUCAAACUUCUGGCCAUGGACCCAUACUACUACUUCCAGGUGGGCUGGAACAUCUUUGACAGCAUCAUCGUCACCAUGAGUCUGGUGGAGCUGGGAUUGGCUAACGUUCAGGGCCUGUCUGUGCUGCGCUCCUUCCGAUUGAUGCGAGUGUUUAAGCUGGCCAAGUCGUGGCCGACCCUCAACAUGUUGAUAAAGAUCAUUGGGAACUCGGUGGGUGCUCUGGGGAACCUGACUCUGGUCCUGGCCAUCAUCGUCUUCAUCUUCGCGGUCGUCGGCAUGCAGCUAUUCGGGAAGAACUACAAAGACUGCGUCUGUCGCAUCGCACUCGACUGCGAACUUCCCCGCUGGCACAUGUACGACUUCUUCCAUGCCUUCCUCAUCAUCUUCAGGGUCCUAUGUGGAGAGUGGAUUGAGACCAUGUGGGACUGCAUGGAGGUCUCAGGUCAGACCAUGUGUCUGAUUGUCUUUAUGAUGGUCCUCGUCAUCGGAAACCUGGUGGUCCUGAAUCUGUUCCUGGCCUUGUUGCUGAGCUCAUUCAGCGGUGAUAAUCUUGCAGCUCCAGAAGAAGAAGGAGAAAACAAUUUGCAAAUCGCCAUAAACCGGAUCAGUAGGGCUGUGGGUUGGACAAAGAAAUGGAUCCUGGAACAAAUCUGGACCAUCACUGGAAAGAAGGACAAUAUCAACCCAGACCACACCGCGGUCGACAGUGAAGAAGACAACAGGACGACGAAGGAGAUUUUAGCUUUGACCUUUGUGACCUCAAGCCAGCCGGUGUCAGAGGUCAAGUCCCUCUACUGUAACCAUGGCAACCUGACAAGCAACUACGACAACGUUCCCUGCCUGAGGGUCCCGAUCGCCGAGGCCGAGUCCGACUUUGAGACGCCUGACAAAGAUGAUGAAGAGGAUGAAGAAGAAGAUGAGGAGGAAGAAACCCAGUCCCAUUGUGACAAGUCGUCGGUCUGCAGCACCGUACAGAAAAAUCCUGAAGCUCCUGAGGACGAAGAAGAAGAGCACGAAGCCAACACACCUGAGGACUGCUUCAGUGACCGUACGAAAACACACACACACAUACAUUACGUGUCUCUGGUGUCUCUGACAGCAAACAUUCUGGGAUACUCUGAGCUGGGAGCCAUCAAGUCUCUGAGGACUCUGAGAGCUCUGAGGCCCCUGAGGGCCCUGUCUCGCUUCGAGGGCAUGAGGGUAGUGGUGAACGCCCUGGUCGGAGCGAUCCCGUCCAUCUUCAACGUGCUGCUGGUUUGUCUGAUUUUCUGGCUGAUCUUCAGCAUCAUGGGAGUGAAUCUGUUUGCAGGAAAGUUUUAUUAUUGUUUCAACGAGACGUCUGAGGAGACGUUUCCUGCUGAAGUCGUCAACAACAGGACUGAGUGUUUCGCUCUGAUGAAGGCGAAUUUCACCGAGGUCCGCUGGAAGAACAUAAAGGUCAACUACGACAAUGUGGGGAUGGGCUACCUGUCGCUGCUGCAAGUGGCCACAUUUAAGGGCUGGAUGGACAUCAUGUACGCAGCCGUGGACUCCAGAGACGUGGAGUUCCAGCCGCUGUACGAGGCCAAUUUGUACAUGUACCUCUACUUUGUCAUCUUCAUCAUAUUCGGCUCCUUCUUCACCCUGAACCUCUUCAUUGGAGUCAUCAUCGACAACUUCAACCAGCAGAAAUCAAAGUUGGGAGGAACAGAUCUUUUCAUGACAGAGGAGCAGAAGAAAUAUUACAAUGCCAUGAAGAAACUGGGCUCUAAGAAACCUCAGAAACCGGUUCCACGGCCGGAGAACAAGUUCCAGGCUCUGGUUUUUGACCUGGUGACGACUCAGCUCUUCGACAUCUUCAUCAUGGUGUUAAUCUGCCUCAACAUGGUGACCAUGAUGGUGGAGACGGACGAGCAGAGCGAGGACAAAGAGAUGAUCCUGUACUGGGUCAACCUGGUCUUCAUCGUGGUCUUCACCACGGAGUGCUCUCUGAAGAUGAUCGCUCUGCGGCAGCACUACUUUGCUGUUGGCUGGAACAUCUUUGACUUUGUUGUUGUCAUCCUGUCUAUUGUAGGCCUCCUCCUUGCUGACAUCAUUGAGAAAUAUUUUGUUUCUCCCACGCUCUUCCGUGUAAUCCGAUUGGCUAGAAUCGGCCGAGUCCUUCGUCUCAUUCGUGGAGCCAAGGGGAUCCGGACGCUGCUGUUCGCCUUGAUGAUGUCACUUCCUGCCCUCUUCAACAUCGGCCUCCUCCUCUUCCUAAUCAUGUUUAUAUUCUCCAUCUUCGGCAUGUCUAACUUUGCGUACGUGAGGAAGGAGGCCACGAUCGACGACAUGUUUAACUUUGAGACAUUUGGGAACAGCAUGAUCUGUUUGUUUAUGAUCACCACGUCAGCCGGAUGGGACGGUCUGCUGAACCCCAUCAUGAACACACCGCCGGACUGCGACCCCGACAGAGAGAACCCCGGAUCCAUGGUGAGGGGGGACUGUGGCAGCCCGGCAUUGGGCAUCGUCUUCUUCACCACCUACAUCAUCAUGUCCUUUCUAGUGGUGGUCAACAUGUACAUCGCCAUCAUCCUGGAGAACUUCAACGUGGCUACAGAGGAGAGCGCUGACCCACUGUGUGAGGACGACUUUGAGAUGUUCUAUGAAACCUGGGAGAAGUUUGACCCCGAUGCUUCUCAAUUCAUUCAGUACAGUAAGCUGUCAGAUUUCUGCGACACUCUGAAGGAUCCUCUGAGGAUCUCCAAACCAAACACCAUUAAACUGAUCCACAUGGAUUUGCCUCUGGUUCCUGGAGACAAGAUCCACUGUUUGGACAUCCUGCUGGCUCUCACUGCACAGGUUUUGGGUGAUUCAGGAGAGAUGGACGCUCUCAAAGCCAGCAUGGAGGAGAAGUUCAUGGCCAACAAUCCCUCCAAGGUGUCAUAUGAACCAAUCUGCAGCACUCUGCGGAGGAAACAGGAAGAGGUGGCAGCGACGGUGAUCCAGAGAGUGUACAGGAAACACCUCCUAAAGCGGACGGUCAGAUUGGCCUCCUACAAAUACAGAGAGAAGACGGAGGGACGGCGAGACGAGCUGUCACCUGAGACAGAAGGACUUCUCUGUAAACGCAUCAGUCAGCUGUACGGAGACAGCAAGGACACAGAGGAGCCCGUCUCACCCACCCGGGUGGAGCUUCAGAGAGACUUUCUACUCCACGCUGCUCCUCCUCUCAACACCUCCAACUUCCUGCUGGAUGAGAACCUGAGGGAGUCUAUUGUCUGAUGUUUACCACGUGUCUCCUGUUUCUUCCCGUUUUCCUUCGUUGGAGGAGCAGUGGACUAAUCUCUCUGUUAGCUUCUAUAAAAACUGAUGACGGAUCCUGAACAAUAGAUGGCUCUUCACCAAAUGUGUUAUCACUGUGUUUGUUACGGAUUUAAUGUUCAAACUGGAGCCACACACCACCAGGAAACAAGGUUACAAUCACUUGUGCCGUUUAUUUAUCCAAGACGUUGGUUGGAAGGUGAUUGCUUCUGAUUGCUAUGGUUCUACCCAAAGAAAGAACGAGAUUACAACAUCUUGUUUAAAUCAUAAAGUCAGCCUUCAAAUCACGCCAAAUUAUUUCCAUUAAAGGUAACUGAAAUAUGGUCUUUAAAAUAUAAUUAUUAGCUUAACAUGUACUUCAUCAUAAUAUAACAAACAAAUUAGAUCAAAGAUGAUCCGUUAAUCAUCUGAAAUAUAUCAUAAUCUAGUAGAAAUAAAGUGCUACCUACACUUUGAGGUUUGAGGUCAACUUGAGGUUAUUAGUAACAGUGAUGAUGUUAUCAGUGUUGGUAGUAGUGUAUCUACAUUUUCAGAAUCAAGCUACAUUUUGUGAACCUUCUGCUGCAGUCUGAAAUAAAACUGAAAGAUCAGUAAGUGAGGCCCCCGCCAUACACGGACGUGACAGUGAAGACAGAAGUACUUCCUUAUGACGAUGACAUCAUGUAACUGUUGUCUAUGACGUUUCUCCUGCAGGAAAUACAGACCUGCAAGCUUUUGUUUACUUUGAUUAUGCUACAUUGUGAAAAACAGAUCUGUGUUGAAAUCGGGAGAAGAGCUAGUUAGCGUUAGCCGUUAGCUGCUAGCAGCACAGUCCUGAUUGGCUAAAUAAUGAAGCUAACAGCUGUUAAUGGGGGUUCCGUUGAGUUACAUUAUGAGGCGUUCAAAGUCCAUUUAAUAAAAUUGAGGAUUGGGCGAGGGUUAAUAACGUUAUUGUCAUGUGUUCAAAUUGAAUCUUUUAAAAUGUAGUUUUUGGUCAGAAUCUUGAAUGAAUGCCGUUGUUACAUAGAGAUGAAUUAUGAUGCACUGGUAUCAGAUCGAUACUUCGUAUCAGAUCAAGGAUGUACGUUGAGAAAAGUUGAAAUAAUAAAUAUUGACCAUUAAUGAUUGAAUUAAGCUGCAGACUUCUUUUCUGUUCUCUUUACUUUGAUUUUUUUUUUUAUUUCUUUACUAUUUCAUGUAUUAUUUGUGGAAUUUCAGUGUU